GCACAAUCCACCACAAUGUCCACACCAACAACAACAAAAUAUACCCCCCCGCCCCUCCCCACCCCCUUCAACAACACCAACCCCCCACCAACCCUCCUCACCCAAGGCGCCGAAGCCCGCCUCUACAAAACCACCCACCUAACACCCUCCACCCCCGCCGCGCUCAAAGUCCGCCCCUCCAAACCCUACCGCCACCCCAUCCUCGACCGCCGCCUCACCCGCCAGCGCAUCCUGCAGGAAGCUCGCUGCCUCGCGAAGCUCGUCCGCGAAGGCGUGCCUGUCCCCGCUUUGCUCGCGCUUGACUGGGAGGGCCAGGGCGCGGGGAAUGCUCAUGGGGGGGAGAGUGGUAUUGGGAGCGCUUGGUUGUUGAUGGAGUGGGUUGAUGGGUUGGUUGUUAGGGUUGUGCUUGAGAGGUGGGAGAAACUGGUUCGUGGGGCUGGGGGGAUAGUGGCGAGUGGGGAGGAGGAGCGUGUGCGCGAUCUUAUGAGGAGGAUUGGGGUUUCCGUGGGGGCGCUGCAUCGCGCGGGCGUGGUGCAUGGGGAUCUCACGACGAGUAAUUUGAUGUUGAGGCCGGAGGGGCCGCCGAAGGGGGAGGAGGAGGAGGAGGAGGACGGACAGGUUGAUAUGGAUGGACAGGUCGUGUUGAUUGAUUUUGGCCUCGCGGCGCAGAGUGCACAGGAUGAGGACCGCGCGGUCGAUCUGUAUGUGCUUGAGCGCGCGUUUGGGAGCACGCAUCCCCACACGGAACAGUUCUUCGAGGAGGUACUAAAGGGCUAUCGGGAGAGUUUCAAGGGGGCUGCUACUGCCUUGAAGCGGUUGGAGGAUGUGCGCCUGAGAGGGCGGAAGCGGAGCAUGAUUGGUUAGGAGUGGUAUAUACCGGGAUUGUUAUAAUUAUGGAAGAUGAUGUGGACAUGAUCGUCAUUGAGCAACGC